UUAACAGUUGCUGUUUGGCCUCGCUGCGUGACGGUUGAGACAGUUAUAUUAGCGUAAAAUUAACAUAAGGAACAAUGUGCGGUAUAUUUGCAAUAUUCUCCAGCGAUGGAAAGCCCAUUGAGGCGCAGUGCUGCCAGGGCAGCAAGCACAGCUUGCGGGAGUUGGCGUAUCGGCAGAGCGGCAGGCAGCGGCAUCGCGGACCCGACUCCACGGGCGUGGUGGUUAUACCCGAGCAGGGCGUGGCCAUGGUGCACGAACGUCUGCGCAUUGUGGGCGUGGCAAUGGGCGAUCAGCCCUUUGUGUCCGACUGCGGUGACCUGGUGCUGGUGGCCAACGGCGAGAUCUACAAUUAUCUGGAACUGUCCGCGCAGAUAGCGAAGCGGCGCAGCGGCUACAAGCCGAAAAGCGAUUGCCACGUCAUCUUGGAGCUGUACCAGGAUUACGGCGUGGAGCUGCUGCAGCACAUAACGGGCAUGUACGCCUUUGCAUUGUACGAUAAGCGCAGCAAGGAGCUGCUCCUGGCACGCGAUCCCUUCGGCAUUAUACCCAUGUACAUAGGCGAGGAUGCCGCCGGCAAUCUGUGGAUCGCCUCCGAGCUGAAGUGCCUGGCGGCGUGCUGUGACCGCGUGGAGACAUUCACGCCCGGCGAAGCGCGCUUCGGCCGUGUCGGCGCAAUGCGUCGCUGGCGCCACUUCGAGCAGCCCUGGCUGCAGGAGCUGCCCAGCUUGCCGUGCGACCUGUCGCUGCUGCGCGCCAGCCUGGAGUCGGCGGUGCGCACCCAUCUCCACUGCGAUGUGCAUUUUGGCGCCUUACUCUCGGGCGGCGUCGACUCCAGCCUGAUUGCCUCGAUCGCCACGAAGAUCAUGCGCGAGACCAAUCCCAGCUACAGACUGAAGACCUUCUCCGUGGGUCUGCGCAACGCGCCGGACUUUGAGGCCGCCCGCCAGGUGGCCAAGUACAUAGACAGCGAGCACACCGAGCUGAUCUUCGAGAUAGACGAAGCCCUCGACGGCAUACGCGACAUUGUCUACCACCUGGAGACGUACGACGUGACCACGGUGCGCUGCAGCCUGCCCAUGCUGCUGCUGGCGCGGUACAUCAAGAGCACCGGGAUCAAGAUGAUACUCUCCGGCGAGGGCGCCGACGAGAUCUUUGGCGGCUACUUGUACUUCCACAAGGCGCCCAACUACGAGCAGUUCCACGAGGAGCUGGUGAAGCGUGUGCAGCAGCUGCAUUUGUCCGAUUGCCUGCGCGCCAACAAGGUGGCCAUGGCCAAGGGCGUGGAGCUGCGUGUGCCCUUCCUGGACACGGAGUUCGUCAACUAUGUGAUGAACAUUCGGCCGCAGGACAAGAUACCCGGCCCGCUGAACUCAUUCAAGAAGGAGCGCAAGUCGCGCAUGGAGAAGUUUGUGCUGCGCGCGGCCUUUGCCGAGGACUAUCUGCCGGAUGCCGUGCUCUGGCGCCAGAAGGAGCAGUUCUCCGAUGGCGUCGGCUACGAUUGGAUCGACAGCAUUCGCCGCGUGGCCACCAGCCAUGUGGACGAUGCGGACUUCGCGCAGGCUGUCGAACGCUUUCCAUUCAACACGCCCACGACAAAGGAGGCGUUUUACUAUCGCUGCAUCUUUGAGCAGCAGUUUCCGGGCGAGUCGGCGGCACGGACGGUGGUUAGAUGGGUGCCACGCCUCGACUGGGGCUGUCCGGAGGAUCCGUCGGGUCGGGCGCAGGCCGUGCACCAGAAUAAAUCAGAGCAAUAAAAGACUGAUUAGCUUAAAUGGCUUAGAA